AUGAUACCGGUUCCUGUGGGUUCGCCGAGUGAUUGGAGCACGGCUUCGAGCUAUGAUAGCUACGCAGAUGAAAAUAAGUUGUUGAAUUCUGAAAUAGUAAGAAAAAAGAAUACUGUUACACCGAUAGUGAUAAAAAAGAGACGACUGGCAGCUAAUGCAAGGGAAAGGCGUAGAAUGCAGAAUCUGAACCAAGCGUUUGAUCGCCUGAGGACUUUUCUUCCACAACUGGGACAAGACAGGCAAUUGUCCAAGUACGAAACACUUCAGAUGGCACAAACAUACAUUUCCGCACUUUACGACCUCCUAGAUAAAGAAGAAUGGCCUAAAAGUGAAAAGUGA